AGCCUUUUUCUAUAUUGUAUUCACGUUUCAUUAUAAUAAAAAAAUAAAAAAUUAUUUCUUGAACUAAAAACUCAUCUUUUUGGACCGACCACAUGUGAAGGCGGGAACGAACAGAGAUGGUCUUCCCAAUCCGCUCAAAAGCUCGUCGGAUUCUUUCAACAAUGGCAGCUGUAAGACCUUCCUCAACCUGUAGCAAUUACAGAAGAAAAUCCUCUGCCUCAAUCCUGACAAAUUCUGCAGAAGUUGAACAAGGAACCCAUGUAGAAUUACUGCCUUCAGUCAAAAGACACCCAGUUAGAAGGCUGGAGGCUUCAAAUGAUUCCAUGGAACUUGCCCAUGAAUGUUCAAAUUGUGAAGGAGAAAAUGUGUCAAAAGCUAAUAAUGGGCCUGACUUGUUUGGUGAGAUGAAAGAGAGAUUUCUGAGUUUUAAGAAGCACAAAUUUUUGAAAGAGUCAGAGCAUUUCCAAACUCUAGCUCAAGCUCAAGCACCCAAGUUCAUGGUGAUUGCUUGUGCAGACUCUAGGGUAUGUCCCUCUAACAUCCUAGGCUUUCAACCUGGAGAAGCAUUCAUGAUUAGAAACGUAGCAAACCUUGUUCCCCCUUUUGAGAAUGGAGCAUCAGAAACUAAUGCUGCCCUUGAGUUUGCAGUAAAUACUCUUGAAGUUAAGAAUAUAUUAGUCAUUGGCCACAGUAGCUGUGCAGGAAUUGAGACUCUCAUGAGAAUGCAAGAUGAUGGUGAUUCAAGUAGCUUAACUCAUAGUUGGGUUAUCAAUGCCAAAGUUGCCAAACUAAGAACAAAAGCUGUUGCACCACACCUUAGCUUUGAUCAGCAAUGCAGACACUGUGAGAAGGAAUCAAUCAAUAGUUCAUUAUUGAAUUUACGGACAUACCCAUGGAUAGAAGACAGAGCAAAGAAAGAGAUGCUCUCUCUUCAUGGAGGAUAUUAUGAUUUCUUGAGGUGUACGUUUGAGAAAUGGACUCUUGAUAUGAAUGGUACCAGACCUGUAGGAGGAGGCAAAUACUUGGACGAAGAUCGAGAACUUUGGGGCUAAAUUUCUUGCUUCUUCCAUUAAAUAUAAUUAUUAUUAUUAAUUAUGGGGAGAAAGUGUAAGGGGGUGGGGUAAAUCACAUCAUAACUUGCAUGUUGUAACUUUUUUUUUUUUUUUUUCCUUAUGUAGUAAAAACUAAAGAUCAAACGGGAUGUAGCUUAGUAGAAAAAGGGUCUUGACUUGCAGACUAGUUGUCUCAGGUUCGAAUUCACGUAGUACAUUGGUAGUGUGUGCGUGUGUGAGAGAAACUUCCCUCCCCCUUACAAUUUAGACUACCCCUUAUAUUUAAAAAAAGAACUAAAGAUGAAACCAUUUGCAUAGCCGCAUUGCGUGCUUGUACUCACUACACAUUUGCAUGUACCCGAAUGUAAUUUAAUUCUGACCAAACAAUUGUUUUAAGGGAGAUUCACUAGUAUACCUAAUAUGGCUUUGUGAUACUA